UUACUUUCCUCAGUAACAGCCCUUGACGUUUACUAAAAAGAGAAAUUUUUUGCGAAAGUUAAUGAAAUAAUGAAAUUUAUUUAAUCUUUCUAAUUAAAAACUUACUAAUGUAAGAUUUAAAAGUGUUUUAAUAUUAAUAUUUAUCUGUAUUUGUAGGAUAUCUGCACGACAUGGAAGCGUUGAAAUUGAAUUUGUUUUUAUGAGGAAAUGAAUUUUUUUUUUAGCUUGCAUUAUUAAAAACCUUGUUUAGAGUAAAGUAAUAUAAAAUAACCGCGUAUCGUUUACAUAGUUCUGCCGUUUCCUUUAAUAAGUUCAUUCGCGUUUCGUUGCACUUCGCUCCUCACGCAUGACAAUAGAUGUAGAGGAACAAUUACAAAACCAAAUUCAUAGAUUUUAAUGAGAGUCAGCGGUCGAAUUUUCAACGCAUUUUUCAGUUUUAAAUGGUGAACUUCACAAGAGAAUAGUUAAAUGCCUUUAGAAUAACGAGUCAACCUGAAAAUCAGCUAGUGACAUCAUCAAGGUAGAAGACAACACUUGGUGUUCCAGUCAGUUUCCAGUACUUUUACCAAGCUAGCACACCUGCAGACAUGGCAGAGGCUCAUUUAGCUGUUGCCUUCAGCUUCACUAUCACUCACGAUGGGGUGAACAUCAGUUAUAAUCGCGAAGUUCUUCAGAUGAUAUGGCAAAGUGGAUGGAGAUCGUGGAAGAAACGCUAUGCAAGACUGAUAAACAAUUUGAAGAGUGGAGUGUAUCCUGCUUCACCUAUCAGUUUGAUAAUUCUAACAUUCAUCAUCACAUUCCUACAGUUUCUUUCGUAUGAUGUCUCCUAUGGAAUUACUAAAACUAUAAAUACUUGGCUUCCAGAGGACCGUUUCACUCCAUUUUUAGCAUUCCUCACCACUUGUGUAGUAUUCAGUUUUAUCUUGUGGAUUAGUAUCAUUGUAAUAAUGAGACAGACUCUCAAAUUGCUUCUUAUCUAUAAAGGUUGGAUAUAUGAUUCAAAUGUUGGAAAUAAAGUAUCGUUGAAAACUAAAAUCUGGGCAAUGGUUGUAAAGUUACUAGAAGGUAAUAAUACUCCUCUUCUGUACAGUUUACAGAGUUCUAUGCCUCGUCAACCUGUUCCAAGUCUGGAAGACACAAUCAAAAGAUAUCUGACGUCCAUGCGUCCACUUCUGAAAGACGAGGAUUAUGAGAAUCGAGAGAAAUUGGCUUUGGAUUUUCAGCAAGGCGUAGGCAAGAAGUUACAAUGGUUUCUGUGGCUAAAAUCCUGGUGGGCUUCCAAUUACAUAUCAGACUGGUGGGAAGAAUAUGUUUAUCUUCGAGGAAGAGACCCUUUGCUGAUCAAUAGCAAUUACUAUGGAGUGGAUCGUUUCUAUAUCCCCAAUUGCACUCAGUCUUCCAGAACAGCAACAUUCAUCCAUAAUGCUUUUCUUUUUCGAAGAGCAAUCGAAAGACAAACCCUAAAGCCGUUAAUGAUCAGGAAUUUAAUACCCCUUUGCUCUUGGCAGUAUGAAAGAGUUUUCAAUACGACUCGCGUACCAGGAAUAGAAACAGAUAAGAUCGUGCAUUAUUCAGACAGUCAACAUAUCGUGGUUAGAAGUAAAGGAAACUUCUACAAAGUACUCGUUUAUAAUAAAAAUCGUCUUCUAAGUAGUCAUGAAAUCCAAUGGCAGUUGGAAUGGAUCUUACAAGAUGACUAUAAAUCAAAUUAUGGAGAGGAGCACGUAGGUGCUCUUACUACUACUGAUAGAGUAACUUGGGCCAGAGCUAGGAAAGAAUACUUUUCGAGAGGAAUGAAUAAAAUAUCAUUGGAUAUCAUUGAGAAGGCAGCAUUCUUUGUCAUCUUGGAUGAAGAAUCGUACGAUAUAGACGAUCCCAAAAAGGGAGAUGUGUAUGUAAAAAAUUUACUUCACGGUAAAGGAUAUAAUUUUUGGAUGGACAAAUCAUUCACUCUAAUUGUUGGAAAGAAUGGAAGGAUGGGGCUAAAUCUGGAACAUUCUUAUGCCGAUGGUCCUGUGUUAGCACAAAUGUGGGAGUAUUGUCUAUCAUUCGAGUUUCUUUAUCAGAAAUAUAACGAUGAAGGAAGAAUUGAAGGAGAUAUAGCGGAUCCACCACCACUACCUACGCGAUUAAAAUGGGAACUUGAGCCAGACUGCGUGGGUCUGAUUAGAACGUGUACUGCAUCAGCUCUCAACCUGAUCAGUGAUGUUGAUCAGAGAUUGUAUAUACACAACGAUUUCGGUAAGAAUUUCAUCAAAACGUGUGGAGUUAGCCCCGACGCCUACAUCCAAAUGGCACUUCAACUGGCAUAUUUUCGUGACUCUGGGAAAUUUGGUUUAACUUACGAAUCAUCUAUGUUACGGCUUUUUCGCGAGGGAAGAACAGAAACAGUUCGUUCUGUCACUAAGGAAUCGUGUGCAUGGGCCAGAGCAAUGGAAGAUCCUACUUGCACGGACAAUAUGAAAAUUCAAUUAUUUAAAAAUGCCUGUGAGGUUCAUCAAAUCCAGUAUCGUGAGGCCAUGUGUGGAAGAGGCGUGGAUCGUCAUCUCUUUUGUUUAUAUGUCGUAUCAAAAUAUUUAGAAGUAGAUUCGCCCUUUCUUCAAGAGUUUUUACACGAUAAUUGGCGGCUUUCAACCAGUCAGACCCCUCAUCAUCAAAUGAGUCUUUAUGAUAUAAACAAGCACCCGGAUUUCAUAGCAGGUGGAGGAGGAUUUGGACCAGUAGUUGACAAUGGAUAUGGAGUUGCUUAUAUGAUUUGUGGCAACGACGUCAUUGUUUUUCACAUAUCUAGUAAAUUUUCUUGUAAAUGCACGGAUUCUCUUAGACUACUAAAGACUCUCAGGAAUUCAAUGCUGGAAAUUAAGCAACUAUUCGAAAAUACAUCAUAGAAUAUUCAAGGUGUUAAAAUUGUAUCAUUAAUUAUAAAUAUGCACGUACGAUUCGGUUUUUUAUGUAUAUUUUUAACUCUCCGCCUUCUGGACUUAGAGGGCCUUUGUAGCAAGUCCAUUAUUAGUUUGGCCAAGCCUACAAUGGGUGGCCGGUUAGUAAAGGACGGGCCCGACAUAUCCGACGAACCUGGAAUUUUUUGACCCUUCUGGAUUUGAUCCCAGGUUCCGCAGAGCAGUGGGCUGCCACCUUAACCGCUCGGCUAUCCUGCCAUCCCGUAUGAUUCAAUCAAAGAAUUGAACUUUUGCAACGAAAAAUGCAAUUAGUAUUAUUAAUAAGGUUUCAAUAAUCACAUGAAAUUUUACCCUUGUUUCAAUACUUGUAUGAAAAUUUUUAAUGAAGAUUUUAUUGUUGAACAUAAAUUUAUAUUGUUCAUUGUAAUUACCGUUUUUAUUAAUUAAAUAAAUAUCUCGUUAAAUGAUUCUUUAGCGCACGAA